AUCUGAAGGGGGCGCUACACCAAGAUACCAGCCACCCUUCCCAUGUGUUACGGGAGGACUAACUGCUCCGCGGGUAUGGAGAGGAGCAGGAACAAUGGAGGAGCAGCGCCUAUCUCGGGCGGUCUGGGACGCGAAGCUGGAGUUGUGGGACCUGCGCUACCAUCCGCUCGAGUAUCGUACUGGAGCGGAGCGGAGCUCGUCUGGGGUUUGGUACUUGUCUUUGGACGAGGGCGCGAAGCGCAUUGCUGUGCGAUAUAAAGACACGCUACGGCAUCCUCAUCAAGCACCAUCUACACACUGCAACCAGUUGCACAACAUCUACACACUCUUAUUGCACAUCCACUAUUAUUAUGGCACCUACAGCUCCCUUCAAUCCACCAGCUGCCGACCUCCCAGGCAAGCCAUUUGUUCCAGAAUGGAUUCCUCCCCCCGUCACGCAACAGAAGGAGAACUUCGCUGAGCUGAGCUCCAUUGAUCUAUCGUUGCUCGACUCAGAAGACCCCGCUGUGGUUGACGGUUUAGUGCAGCGGGUCAAGAGGGCUAUCCGCGACGAGGGUUUCCUCUUCCUCGAGAACUACGGCAUCUCGCUUGAGCAGCUACACCGCCAGUUCGCUAUUGCACAAUAUCUCUACAACAAUAUCACUGAAGAAGACAAGGAACGACUUCUUUUCAACCCCGAGACAGGCGUCUGGUCAGGAUAUAAGCACCCGUACGGCUUUAAGCGUCACCGUGGAUGCGCAGAUGGCAUCGAGCAGUUUAACUGGUACAAGCCCGAUUGGGAGUCUAUGGACCGCAGUCCCACCUGCGUCCACCCAUUCAUGGACGAAAUCCGUGCCUUUUGCGAAUACCUCACUCAAUCCGUCAACCGUCGCCUCCUAACCCUCUUUUCGCGGGUGCUCGAACUUCCUGACGAUUACCUUUGGGACAACGUUCAAUCACAUGGUGGUCCAACUGGAGAGGGCUACUUCCGUCACGCACUGUUCCGUCCGGUACAAAAGUCCACCGAGGAGGCAUCGAAGGGUCUGCGCAUGCACGGCCACACCGAUUUCGGUCUCACAACGCUCCUCUUCAGCGUUCCCAUCAGCUGCCUGCAGAUCUGGGGACAAGACGAGAAGUGGUACUAUGUGCCGUAUAAGCCCGGUGCGCUCGUGAUCAAUAUCGGCGACACGCUUGAAAUUGUAUCCGGUGGUCACUUCAAGGCUACGCGACACAGGGUGUUCAAGCCUCCGGUUGAUCAGCUGCAACAAGAAAGACUCUCACUCGUCUUGUUCAACAGUUCUUUGGGAGAUAUGCGUAUGUCGCCUGCUUACGAUUCUCCACUCAUUCAGCGCGAAGGCUGCGUCGAAGAGCAAGGUAUCUACAAGGAGUUCAAGAAGCGCACCUCAGGUGGUGAUCUUGCGCCCACGAACCGACAAUGGCGCGAGAUACAGAUCGCAACUGCUACGGACCCGACGGAUACCGAGCACAACCGUGUUGGUGUGCAUCAGUCCAUCAUUGAUGGCAAGUUGAUGCAUACGCGAGAGUACAUGGGCAUGCGGGUCGUGCUUCCUGUGUAA